GUGAAAUUAUUAGAGAAUAUUCCUUUAAUUGAAAUCAAGUAGGAACUCUAAACAUGUCUGGUGCAGGUAACAGAGAGGCAGUUUUCCCCACCCGUAUGACCUUGGGGGUUAUGAAGGGGAAAUUGAAGGGUGCUCAACAAGGGCAUUCACUUUUAAAGAGAAAAUCUGAAGCUUUAACCAAAAGAUUUAGAGAUAUCACUCAAAGAAUUGAUGAUGCCAAGAGAAAGAUGGGUAGAGUUAUGCAAACUGCUGCUUUCUCACUUGCUGAGGUUCAAUAUGCCACUGGUGAUAACAUUGCUUAUCAAGUGCAAGAAUCCGUACAAAAGGCUAGAUUCCAAGUCAAGGCAAAGCAAGAGAAUGUUUCUGGUGUUUAUUUGCCAACUUUCGAUAGUCAUAUCAAUGAGGAUAUUAAUGACUUUAAGAUGACUGGGUUAGGUAGAGGUGGUCAACAAGUUCAAAAGGCCAAAUUGGUUUAUACUAAAGCUGUAGAAACACUUGUUGAAUUAGCCUCUCUUCAAACUGCCUUCAUUAUUUUAGAUGAAGUUAUCAAGGUUACAAACAGAAGAGUUAAUGCAAUUGAGCAUGUUAUUAUUCCUAGAACGGAAAAUACUAUUAGUUAUAUCAAUUCUGAAUUGGAUGAAUUGGAUAGAGAAGAGUUUUAUAGAUUGAAGAAAGUUCAAGAAAAGAAACAAGAAGCCUUGGCUGCAGCUGAACUUGAAGAGAAGCAAAAGAAAGAAGCUGAGGCUGGUGAAGAACAAUCUUCUAAGGAUGGUGAAAUCUCUGGUGAAUCUACCGAAGCUACUGAUAAACCUACUGAAGACAAGGAUGAAUCUAAGGAAGUCUCUGUUGAAGAUGAAAUUGCAGCUAUAAACAUUCAAUCCAAGGGUGAGGAAGACUUGCUCCAAGAAAAUGAAGAUGAUGUCAUCUUUUAAUAACUUUCACUUCUACUUAGUUUAAAUUGCAUAAAAGUUUACAACACGAUAAAAUAUAAUAAAUACGACUCACUUCUAAAGAAAAAUUAUAUUAAGAUAGGCAAUAAAUAAUAUGUAAAAAGU